AUGACAGUCGGAAUAUUUAAUAUGUGCCAGGCCCUUAUCAGUAUUUACAAAAUUUUCAGACGGACGCCUGCGUCGACUGAUGUUGGUCAGAGAAAUGGAGAGACAACAACGGCCACAUCAAAUGAAAAUGUACAGAAUGUUGAUAAUAGAAAUGACAUUACAAUAUCUAUUGAUACUAUGGACGAGAC